AGCCCAUCGCGAUUAUCCAGAUCCACGCGCCGCCGCGGCGCAAACCGAUACAAAUCGGCGCGUUACGCAGCCAGCGAUGAGCUUCGAGCCGCGCGACGAGCUGGCCGAUUACCUCGCUAGCCUCGACCUGCAGCACUACGCGCCGCAAUUGCACCAGGAGGACAUCCACACCAUAGCCGAUUUACGGAUCCUGACGGCCGUCGACCUGGUCGCGUGCGGCAUCGAGCACGCCGACGCGGCGACGAUCCUCGAACCCGACCUGUACCCCUACCCGGACCCGAGCGAGGCGCCGACGCCGCAGCGGGCCUUCGGAGCAUUACAAGCCCAGGCGCCGGCCUGGGAGCCGCCUCGACAAUACGAGGCGCCCUACAAGCAGCGCGCGCGCGAGUUCCAGAACUGCCGCGGCGGCAAGACGUCGUCAGGGAGAAGUAGAGCGAGAACGAAGGCCGCGAUGGCCGACGCGACGGCGAGCGCGCCGGCCCUAGCGAACGCGCUCCGAGGCUACAUCGCCAUGCGCGGCGGCAGCAUCCAGGCCCAGCAGCUCGCGGAGUUCUACAAGAGCCCCGCGUGCGCGGGCCUCGAGGUCCCGAAGGGUGGGGCCCUGAAAUUGCUGCGAAACGUCGAGAACUCGGGGUUGAGAUUCACGCACAUGGCGCAUCUCAACAAGUGGAUCAUCGCCCUCGAUCACGACGCGCCGCCGCCGCCGCCGGCCUCGGACCUUGGCGCGUCCGCGCCGGCGUUCGUGCCCGGGGCGCCGUUCGGCUACGCGCCCGAGGCCGAUCUGCGGUUCGCGUCGGCGGAUGUGAGCGGCCGCGAUGCACCCACCGACGGCAUGACCGCCAAGCAGCGCCGUCUGGCCAAACGAGCCGCAGCGCGCGAGGCCGACGCGCCGGUGCCGCGCGGCGCGGCGACGUCAGCCGAGCCCGACCCUAGAUUGAGGCAGCUGCGCAUGGAGUCCCUCGAGGCCCUGUCCGCCGUCCAACGCCGCGCCGACAAUGCCGCCGGCGCGCCGCGCCCGCUAGGCGUCCGGGGCGCGGCGCCAGGCAUCCGCGCCACAGCGUCGGGGGGAACGACGACGACGGGAUAUGUUAAGGCGCGCCACCCGUCCGGGGCGAAGAAGAAGAUCUUCGUUCCGACCGCGCGGCCGUGGACGCGCCUGGGCCACAACCAGCCCAAGCACGCCUUCACGGUCGUCUCCUACAAUGUUUUAUCUCAAAAAUUGUUGGAUUCGCAUAGAUACCUCUACCACACUACUUUGAGACCGAGGAUGCGCCUCGCGAACCUGCAAAAAGAGAUUGGUAGAUAUGGCGCCCAGAUCGUCUGCCUCCAAGAAAUCGAACCUGAAAACUUAGAAGCGUUUACAGGCUGCGUCCGGACGUUCAAGAAUGAUGAUAAAGAUAUCAAGAGGGGUGCUGAAGUGGCCUUUGCUCCCUGCGGUGAACCGAGGACGGACGGCGUCGCCGUUCUGGUCGAUGCGGGGCGGUUCAGCAUCGUUCAUAGCCACGAACUCACGUUGGACGCCGACGAGGGCAAGAAGAACGCGGGCUUGGUCGUGACGUUGUCAGAUCGAGAGGCCUCGGGUUCUCUGAUCGUCGCGUGCGCGCACCUGCUCUUCAAUCCAAAAAGAGGAGACGCUCGCCUGAGGCAGUGCGUCGCGUUUUUAAGAGCUGUCGAGGAGGCUAAACAGCAAGCGGUGCAACCUGUCAGAGUUGUUGUCUGUGGUGAUUUCAACAGCUAUCCCGACUCCGCGGUCUACUCUUUUCUGAGUACUGGAAGCGUCGCUUCGAUAGCUCUGGAGGAACGGACGGCCCACGAUGAUUGCAAGGAGCAUCCGUUCAAGAUUGAGAAAGGACGGUGCGUGACUGCUCAUGAGCCGUACCAAGACGUCUCCAUCAACAAAGUUUCUCAUGCAUUAGCUCUGGAGUCGGUCUAUUCUUUGGGAGGUGGCGAGCCCGGCUUCACGACGUACCUACCCAAGGGCACGAAGGCCUGCGUCGACUACGUCUGGUCGAGUGACCUGGUGCCGGUCGGUAGACUCGAGCCGCCGCCGCUCGAGGAGCUGCGCGACGGGCUGCCGUCCCAAAAAUUCCCGUCCGACCACGUCGCGCUGGUCGCGCGGUUCGCGCCGCCUCGUCAGCAGGCCUAGUUUGUGAUAAGUAUGCU